UUGGAAGCGUUGUCGCGUGCCGCGUCGCCGGCCGGCGGGAAGAGAGACUCGCGGGCGCAGGUGUCUGCCGUCGUGGCAGCUCCCAGUGUUUGUUUUGUGAAUGUUUUACAUUAUUUCACUGAUUAUUUAUUGGUAUCCCAGCGUCCGUCUCAUGACAGCGUCGUAGCGUCGCGCAUCGCAUGGGUCGCGAUAGGUACGCGCGGCACGUCUCGCUCAAUCUUACUGGCUAGAGCGUCGGGCGGGGCGCUCCGCGGCGGGGGACGGUCACUGCUUUACCGACGACACUGUACUGCUUUACCUAUAUUCUGGAUAGGUGGCGCAAGUAAAAUUUAUAAACUCCAAAUAACUAUUCGGCCUCAUGCAAUACAUAUAGCACUACUGACAUUACUCACAUAUCUUAUACCAUUAAAAAAUUAA